AUGCCUCCUGGGUCUUCUGCCAGUACUACUGUCCCAGCCACGGAGCCCAGCCAGCAAACUCCUGAAGUGACAGGACCUCCUUCCAAGCGACAGCGGCAAAAUGUUGACUCCAAUACAACUCCACAGAGACGCCAAGCUGCGUGUCAACCAUGCCGACUCCGCAAGAUCAAAUGUGAUAAGAAGCGGCCCGCUUGUACUAUAUGCGACGCUGGCGGUCAAGACUGCAAGUAUUUGGAAGACACCGUCGAGAAAUUAACGCAAAAGUUCGAAGAUCUAAGCUCUGAGCUUGCCAGUCUGAGGAACCUCUUACAGACUCAAGACCAAGAUCAAGCCGAGGAUGCUUCAUUCAAGGUGUCUGAGCGAAUGGCAGCAGGACAUACGUCAUCUAGUAUCGACAUUGCAUCCCAAGCACCUCAACCUCAAGAACCGUCACGAGAUUUUCUGCAAAUUCCACAGCAUCCUGCUAGUGCAGAUACUGUUCUAUGCUGGGAGAUUUUCGAGGAUAGAUUUCCCGCGAAUGCUCUGAUAAGCAGCCUUUUCAAACCGAAAUUGGCGGACAUGGCCGAGGAUGUAGUUGCCGCUCCAUCGCGCAUGAUGCCCCUGGACGAAGAAAACAUCCCCGUCCUCAUCGACAAAUUUCUUCAAAAUGUUCACACAAAAAAUCCGAUUCUUGACGUUGAAUCUCUCGUCAAGCAUGGCAGGCGAUGUGCAGAUCAAGGCAUUGGAUGGGAUGGCCGAUCAUGCUUGGUUCUUCUGGCUUGUGCGCUAGGAUCUAUCGUGAAGCCAUUCAAUAGGCCAAUACCACAGGCAGCAGGCAUUUAUUUCGGCAAGGAUGAGCCCACAGGAGAGCCCAUGGCAUCUUCCUCAAGGAUGUAUGCGAAGGAGCUACAACAGGCCGACUCUUGCUUUGCACUCGCUUGCCGAAGACUUGGGUCGCUCAAGUAUUCUCUUAUAGGCGCUCAGUGCCACUUUUUUGCAGGAGUCUACCUCAUGUACACACUACGGCCACUGGCAUCUUGGCACUAUUUCUUACACGCAUCCGUCUUCUUUCAAGUCCACCUCCGCAUGACGCAUGGCAUUGCGGGCGACUUCGAAGACGCCUUGAAUGCUGCCUCUAGCCGAUCGGACUUUACAACAAGAAAAUUGAAGCGCCUGGAGCAGAGUCUGUACUGGUCUGCAUUCAAAUCUGAAUGUGAGUUUCGUGUCGAGUUGCCACUACAGCAGUCCGAGAUUAGUCUUGCCGAAUAUCCAGACUUGUUUCCAUCGCCGCCUUCGCCAAUACCCACGAACAGCUCGGACGAUGACGGAGUGACUGGUGGAAACAACUUUGCAAGCACGGAAGAUUUGGAGCUUCGCCAGCACGCCGUACGUCUCUGUAAUGAGGAGGAGAGCUGGUACUACUACCUCACAGAAAUUGCCCUUAGGCGGAUUGGAAAUCGUAUUGUCAACACCUUCUUUCGUCAGGGGCGAUCGGCUUGGAUGAUGAACCUGAAGCCGCUGCUAAGAAUGGCAAAAGAGUUUGAAGCGCAAGUGUCCUCGUGGUCCGCACACUUGCCUCCCGCCAUGCAGCAUUACGAGACUACCUCUGUCAUUCGAGCACCGAAUGUAGGAACUUCGAAUCACGUUACACGAGAGCUUAGCUGGGCGGUCGACAAUCGACUAUUGGAAAUGCAGACGUGGCUGUAUCAGCCAUUUCUGUUUUAUUUCGUACAUGUAGCCAGACCGAACCUACUGCGACACAUAUCGUCGGACAAAAGCACAGAGCCCCGAAUUAGCAGCCUGCUAAACUCGCCACCGACCACAGGUACAAGUGCGGAGAGCCUCGGACCUGUCAAUGGCAUACCCGAACUGGAUAAUGACGAGGUUGAGCUUCUGCACUCAUUGGUCACUUCUGGGAUCGAGUGCUGCUUGAAAACAAUUGACGUGAGAUCCAGAGGUCACCGCCAUCACGGCCUGUGGUACGAUCUGCGAAGCAUUAUGACGGCGUCUUUGGUUCUACUUGCCAUCAUCAAGAGCGGCCAGGCUGCCUGGAUACCCGGUGGUACUGACGCUGUAUGGGGCGUGACCUCACAACAGUACUGGCCUGGAAACCGCGACCCCAUUGGCGGCAAGAUUGGAAAAGUUCUGACGCAAUUCGAAUUUUGGGCGGAGGAGUCGCCGGAUCUUGUUCGAUACAAGGAGAUAUUGGAGCAUCUUGUACGUGAGGUGCGUGGAAGCACUUGA